AUGGUGUAUCUGGUAAUUGACGACGAUAAAAUCUGCAAAACCCUACGAAAAGCCCUCUCAAAAAGACCACGAGGAGCGAGCAAUAGACAGCAGCAAAUGGAAGAGACUGAUAUGCCUCCGGCUAAGAGGAGAUGUUCAUCCAAUCCGCUUAAGCCACCUCAGCCUAAGCCACCUCCAGUCAAGGCGAAUAUUCUCACAUCGGUACCAGCCGCUGGACCUGUGGUGAAUGAAGAAGCUAAGGCGGAUCUGGAAGUCGACUAUAUUGUAAGAGCCGUGCGAGCUGUGCUGCAGGAGAAAAAGAAAAAUUCGAAAAAGAACAUGAAUCCGCUAGUGGAUGAAAUCUCCAGCCUCGACUGA